AUUCGCAUCUCUAUUUAUUUUGUUACUCAUCAAUAAUCGCCGACGUCUUAUUUAUUUACUCUAUUGAUUCGCGUCCUACUAUACAUACACAUAAAUAUUAACAUAAAUAUAUAUAUACAGAUAUUGAUAUAAAGCUUUUGUUUACACGGUUACGCUUUGAUCAAGCCCGGCCGUGCUUUAACUUCACAACUGUGAAAUAUAUUUUUUUACCGUGUAACUGAGGACUGGAGGAAAAAAGGGCGAGUUCCUAGUAGUCGCAAUUCCACCACAGGAUCGAUAAACCAGGAGAAUGUUCAAGAAAGCUCUCACUGAAUCCGGAAGGAGAAUCCUAAAGGCGAUUAAAAAAUUAUCAACGAAAAGUCGGGUGGUGACAAAAUCGCAGCAGAAACAGCCGAGACUAAUAAACCCGCAGCUUAAUAUCAAUAAUUAUAGUGGCAAUCACAGUAAUAAUGGCCGCAGUAAUUGCGAUGGUAACAACCAGGUACCAUGUGAGCUGGUGACGACAGCAGUACCAGGAUGGACAGUGACAUACAUCGAGCCCGAGGUCACAUCAUUGUCCUGGUCCCUCUCGUCGCUUGACACUCACAGUAUCGAUACAUAUGUAACCUACAUAAUGGAGGGUUUCGACGAGUGCAACUCAAUGUGCUGCUACUGCAUUGAGCAUGAAAAUCAAAAGAAUGAAAACCGCGAAAAUGAAAUGAUCAUUUAACCAAAGCUACUUUUUUUUAUACGGAAAUUUUUUAAUCAUUUUUCCUAAUAUCUAGUCUACAUGUAUAUGUAAUUUUAAGUAUUUUAAUUACUAAUGAGUAUUAAUUAUCGAUAUCAAUGAA